AUGCCUGCGUCUCCAGAGAAAAGCGCAGAGACUCACUUGCCUAAACCAAUUGGACCAGUGUCCAAAUCGUCCAAUAGCAAUGGACCAAAAGUGUCCAUCAAGAAGGACCACGUGAACCUCCGGAAAUUCAGAACAACUGACAGUACGCAAUCGAAGACUGCCUUCAAGUCUUCUAGAGCAAGAAGACUGUCACGUUUCUCCAUAGACCUGGAGGUUGACAGUCAAGCAUCGAUUUCUUCGCAGGAAACCGAAGAGGAUGUCUUCUAUCCGCACUUCCACCCCCAUACUAAAGUCAACGGCAUAGAUUUUACCGACCUAGAGGAGUUUGUGGUCAACGAGGAUGAAAUUAGUAGAGAGAGGCUGCAAAUGAACCAGACUCGCAGAGAUUCGCAAGACCAAAAGAACAAAAACGCUCUCAAGUAUACUCCAACAAGAGAUAACUUGGGCUUAUUUGGCUUCGAGAUACCUUCCCGUUAUUCAUUCUAUCAUUCUGAGAACGAGGAUACCAUUCAUGCAGCCAACUUGCGAGAGCUUGUUGCGCAUGUGUCUUCCUGGUCAGACUUAUUCAAGAACGGACGAGCUACCUGGUGGCUAGACUGUACUUGCCCCACCGAUGCAGAAAUGAAAGUGCUUUCUAAGGCGUUUGGCCUCCACCCAUUGACUGCGGAAGAUAUUAGAAUGCAAGAGUCAAGAGAGAAAGUCGAAUUGUUUGCCAAUUACUACUUUGUCUGUUUCCACACCUUUGAACAGGACCAAGAGUCUGAAGACUAUUUGGAACCCAUCAAAAUCUUCAUUGUGGUUUUCAGGGAAGGUGUCCUCACCUUCAAGUUCUCGCCAACUCCACAUCCAGCUAACGUUAGACGUCGUGCUCGUCAGUUGAGUGACUAUGUAAACGUCAACUCGGACUGGAUUUGCUAUGCUCUUAUCGAUGACAUUACUGAUGCCUUUGCUCCGGUUAUUAGAAAUAUUGAAUACGAGGCAGAUGCUAUCGACGACUUUGUAUUCCAGCUCAGACUGUCGGAUUUUGGUCAUAUGUUGCUACGCAUCGGUGAGUGUAGAAAGGUGGUGAUGACUCUUAUGAGAUUGCUUACCAACAAGGCCGAUGUCAUCAAGAUGUUUGCCAACAGAUGCAGCAGUCCAAUGAAUACUGGCGACAACGGCAGUGUCGGACCGUUGGAUCCCCUAGCCACGCACGUUGAAUCCCACUUUUCCCAGCCACGUUCAGAUAUUGCUCUCUAUUUGGGAGAUAUUCAAGACCAUAUUGUUACAAUGUUUCAGAACUUAAGUGCUUACGAGAAGAUCUUCAGCCGGUCAGAAAGCAACUAUUUGUCCCAGUUGCAGGUCAAGUCCUUGGAUUCAGGGUUGAAUUUCUCAAUGUUGUUGGAGAAUUUAACCAUUCUAGGAAGCAUUUUUGUUCCUUUAAACAUUAUUACUGGUUUAUUCGGUAUGAACGUUCUUAUUCCAGGGAAGGGGGGCUCUACAUACUGGUGGUUUAUUGGUAUUGUCAUUGUAAUGAUUUUGAUGAGUUGUACAGUUUUUGUCCUAUUCAAAAUUUGGAUUAAGCGAAACGAAAAACGUGAAGACUCAGGUGAUUCAGACUCCUUUGUAACGUCCAUUAAAAGCAAAAGCAUCAAGUCCAAAGUACGACAAAGGGCACGAUCUGUGGUCAAUUUUCUGGAUGAUUAUGGGGUACGUGGUAGAACUUAG